AUGAGAGGCGUCGAUUUCAAGUGGUACGAUGGCUUCUUCUUGUCAAUGCUAGCUACAAGUGCAAUCAUUGUUGCCAUCAAUUGGAAGCGUUACCAUCUCUGUACAUACCCUUUACACAUAUGGAUAAUGGUUGAUUACACUACUGUUUUUGUGUUUCGCUUGCUGAUGUUCAUAGAUAAUGGACUUGCUGCUGGAAUGGGAUUGGAUUUUGGGUGGCAGCAGAGAUAUGCCCGUUUUUGUGGAAGAAUGGUGGUUCUGUCAAUUCUCUCUCUGCUAUUGUAUCCAUUUCUUUGGGCUUGGACUAUAAUUGGCACACUCUGGUUCACGAGUGCAAGAGAUUGUUUACCAGAAGAAGGUCAGAAAUGGGGUUUUCUUAUAUGGUUGCUUUUCAGCUACUGUGGGCUCAUUGGUAUUGCUUGCAUCUCCAUUGGAAAGUGGCGGGUACGAAGACAAGCACAUCACUUACGUGCUCAGCAGGGCAUUCCUAUUUCAGAAUUUGGGGUUUUGGUUGAUUUGAUCCGGGUGCCAGAUUGGGCAUUUGAAGCUGCAGGUCAAGAAAUGAGAGGAAUGGGCCAAGAUGCUGCUGCAUACCAGCCCGGACUCUAUUUGACUCCCACUCAGAGAGAAGCAGUGGAGGCGCUCAUUCAAGAACUUCCAAAGUUUAGGCUCAAAGCUGUUCCAACCGAUUGCAGUGAAUGUCCCAUCUGCCUCGAAGAGUUCCAUGUAGGGAAUGAGGUCCGUGGCCUGCCUUGUGCACAUAAUUUCCAUGUUGAAUGCAUUGACGAGUGGCUUCGACUAAAUGUGAAAUGUCCACGGUGUCGCUGCUCAGUCUUCCCAAAUCUUGACCUUAGUGCUUUGUCUAAUCUCCGUGCUGAUUCUGAAAGAUCUCCUGCCACCAUAACAACCAACCGAUAUGUGAGAACUGUGCCUUCCAGCCAAAGCUAUCUAUUGAGAAUGCAGGGGCUUCUCUGGCCUGUCAGAACUGAGACUGCUGGGGCUCCCACUGAUGCAGAUGUUGAUGUGGAAGCUGUUGAGAAUGGAAGUGCACACAUCGCAGCUAGGGAACCAACAAGUUUGGAACCAGUUUCCUCAGCUGGACGAGUGCUUGUUGGUCAGUCCACCCAACCUCAUCACUAG